AUGUCAAGUCAACAACAACAACACCAGUUGCCCGCUACUGCAACAGCUUCCGAUACAACCAACCGCUAUAUCACGUCCACUGACCGACCACAUUCGCCCUCCACAAAUUCAAACCCCAAUCAAACAGUGAAGAUUAGUUUGGAGCCUUUGACCGAAUCUGUGUAUUUUGAUACAAAAGUGUUGACGUUUAGCCCGGGGCAGGAGAUCCGAAUUGGUAGAGUGAGCGGGAGCAGAAAUCAACGAGAGGCUAAAACGGAUAAUGGCGUCUUCGUUUGUGAUGUUAUGAGCAGAGAACAUGCUCUGCUAAAAGAAAUUAAUGGAAGGAUUUGUAUCAAAGAUCUCAGGAGCACCCAUGGUACUUUUGUAAAUAACGAACGCGUCCAAGAAGAACCCAGAUACUUAAAGCAUGCCGAUAUUAUUACUUUUGGUCAUAGCGUCCGAAGGAAUCAGACGCGCGUAGCGUAUCCGCCUCAAGAGGGUAAUCAGCAAAUACCACCACCCCAGCCUCUUCAGGGCGUGAAGAGAGAUAAUGCAAAUGGCAGUGACAAUAGUCAUGUGAGGACACACGAAACAGAUCAAGCUACCAAAGCAUCAAAAAAACUUUUUGUUAUUAAGCAUUCAACCGACUCAAAAGGCGAUAAGGAGAAAACGACCAACAUAAAGUUGAAUAUAACAAGUGAUCGUGCUAAGGAAAAGAGCCCAGAACCGAGUGGAGUUCACCAUAACGUAUUACAAAUACCGCCCCUAUCUCCAGAUGGUAGUGACGGGAAAGAACCCGAGAAACCGAUUGAAGAAACCCGCAUCGAAUGCUUAGAAGAUCAGGCGGACGCACAUGAUUUAAGCUCAGAAAGUGAACCACCGGCACCGCAGAAAAGUGAUGUUGCUGUUGGUAAAAGUAGCGGAGAGACCAACGAAGUAGCAGAGGCAUCAAAACACAUAUCGACACCCCAUCCAUAUGCAUCCAUACCAGUCCCAUCAUACUCUUCCUCUUAUCACACUACCGCCUCGCGUGUUGAGAACAUACCUCAACAGAAAUCGCCAUUGACGUUAGAUGUAGACACAACGUUUGGCGUCUCACCAUCUGUCACCUCCAAGAUUACGUCCGCUGCCUCUUCGAGUAAACACGUCCAGACAACCGCACAAAUUGACGAACAGCCAGUAAAGAAAGUCAAAAGAGGUGGGACUUCAAAAGGCAAAAGUCGUAGUGUGAAGGGAAAGAAAGAGGUUAAGGUUUUGCCAACAAGCAAGACGCGCACCAGUGUUGGCGCCACAACUACACCUGAAUCUCAGGACAAAAUUGUAACGCCCGAACAGUCUCCAACACUACCAUCUCCAGUCCUAACGCCAGUCACCGCAUAUAGCUCCAACUCGAAUUCUUUUCCUCCACCGGCUCUUACGCCCGCAUCCAGUACUCUUAUUUCGAUGACCGUUCCUCCAAAAUCCACAUCGAAAUCCACACAAGCAUCUUCGUCCGGAAAACGUUCACAUAGUGAGGUAGAACAAGAUGUUCAGGUUCUUCAAGAUAAAUUAGAAGAUGUGGAGAGAAGGGUAAAAAGGGCAAAAGUUGUGGACCUUGGGAUGGCAGUAAUGGGUGCUGUGACUGCAUUUAUUGGCGCUGGUUUGGGAGUUACAUAUUGGGGGGGACAGUGA